CCAGCUCUAGGGUGGUUCGGAAUAGCCCUACUCGUUACCGGAGGGCUGAUCACCGUGGCACUCUACGCUCUCUUCUUCGAACAAGUCUGCUUCACGUUCCUCAACGCCCAUCGUGUCUUCCGGCGUCACAUCUACUGGAUCUCUUCAGUUUAUCCGUUCAUGGCGUUGAUGAGUGUGAUUGCAACCGUUGUUCCCAAGGCCCACAACAUCUGUUCUGCUGUGAAGGUCACGUACAUGGCGAUCGGGAUCAGUCACUUCGCGGACCUGACGGUACUGAUGUUUGGGAGCGAGGAGGUCAUGCUGGCCAGGACAGUAGGUAACACACUCAACCUACAGCUCCGACCACUUUGUUGCUGCUGCUGCUGUCUACCGAAGCCCUCGGUCACCAAGUCAUCACUACGCAUGGUGAUGCUGCUGUUGGAGCAGCUGCCCUUCACUCAGGCCGUCUACCAUCUCACUGUACUCAUCCUCAUCUCUGCUGACAUCAUCACUCUCGGAAAUGUGGACCCAGGGGGAGUCUACCUGUGGCUGAGUCUCUUCAACCUGGCCUCCUUCAUGAGUGGGGUCUACGCCCUCCAGAUCCUCACGCAGUUCUCCAAGGGCUACCUCGAGUACUACAAGUAUACGGCCAAGUCGUUAGCGAUGAAGACGCUGGUGAUGGCCACUAACCUCCAAGGUCUGGCCUUCGACAUUAUGGCCAACUAUGGGGCCUUUCCCUGCAUCCCCCCUUUCCUCCCCCCUCAAGUCUACAAGCAGACUGUUGAGAACAGCAUCUACCUGGUGGAGGUGCUGGUGCUGGGGUCCUACACAUACUGGCACUACCACAACCGCAGGUUCCUCAAGUUUAACCCAUCCGAGCUUCACCACACAUCAGUGUACCAGCCUCGAACGAGCGUGGACGCGAGCAGCGGCAGCUGCAACAGGCAGAGGAACGCCAGCAGCAGCACCCGGAGUACGGUGCUGGAGUACAGCCUCAGCAGCAUCUCCAGCAGCAGGACGGCAAGCCAAACCAGUAUUACCAGCACCAAUUUCGGCGUGGAUAACAACCCAACUACUCGCCCGGUUAGGACCGCCAGUCGUGUCGGUGAUGAAUCAGACGGCAUCAUCACCACCACCUCAACAAUACUCUCUUCAGGACCAGUCAUUGAGAUGUAUUCAUCUGAUGAUAGACACUCAACGGGUAUAGGCCCACGGCAGGAGAGGCUGGCAGCGUUUGAACAUGCGCCGGAUGGCCUUGUUCAAGGGCUAAAUGGUGAACACGAGAUAACAUCACGCCUCACCGUUCACAAACCACCAAGUGAACAGGACACAGAGGCUACAAGCCAUGGAGAACACUCCGUCAGUAUAUCACAGCAAUCUGCAUCAGUCACUAGCGGGGAUAUGUCACAUACCAGAACAUACCCGGUGGCCAGCUCGCAGAGCCGUCCCCUGCGACGGUAUUCUUGCUAGUUCCUCCGCUCGUGACAAACUGGUCCAGAUUAUUUAUGCGUCACAGCGCUUAACAGUCUGCUUGACCAGAGACCGGGCCGCGGAGGUAAUGAUCACCAGAACCACAUCAAGAUGGACAGAAUUUACAUGUAAUUAUCAAAUUAAUUUGUUAAUAUUUCAACGUCUAAGGCAAUCGCAUGUUUGACGUCAGUUCUGCCUCUAGAAAAUAGAAAAUAUACACAAUAUAUAACAAUAUACAAAUAUACAAGGUGGUUUGCGCUGUGUUUACUAAGAGUGUGGUAUAAGGUAAAAUUUUUAACAUUUUCGUUAAACCUUUCAAACCCUUUUAUACGAUAAUAUUGGAGUCGUUCAUAUAGUGAGGUUAAGGCUCCCCAUUAAUUGGAAAGGUAACCGUAUGGAUAGAGCCAUAUCAUUGGCCACGGGGCCUUGACAAGUCAGAGGUUUCCUGUUAUUGAAUGGUGUGUAGUCUUAUAAAAUAUAUAUAUAAUCAGCGAA